GACAUGGCGACCGCAAUCCGGCCAUUAUCCAUCAGCUGCAGCCUGCAGCGGAACAGUAGUUGCUAACCUCUCUCUCAGGUAACUUCUUAUUUCCAAACACUUUUGUUUACUUCACUACAUCAAAUAAUUCGCUACUCAAUCUUUGAGAUAUGGAUUUUAGAGAUAUCAUCAGUCUAGGAUUAUGGAUAUAAAUAGAAAGAAUUAAAAUUAUUGUGAGAAUUAAUAAUAAAAAGACAAAUAAAAAUUUUGAAAAGCUUUUUAAAUUCUGAAGUAAUCAAGAUGAGCGCAAACAAAGAUGAUCAGGAGAAAAGCAAUGAAAGCUUAAAAAGAUUUUGUCAACAAAUACCAAAAAUUGAACUGCAUGCACAUCUGAAUGGGUCUUUGAGCAGGCAGACUCUCACAAAACUAUACAAAACGAAACAUCCAGUUGAAACUGAAAAAUGUGAAAUUUUCCAUAUUGAGAAGUGCAAAUCUUUAACAGAAAUAUUUGAAGUUUUUUCAUUCGCGUACUCUGUUACCACCACACCUGAAGCCAUAUACACUGCUACUUAUGAUACGAUAAGAGAAUUUCAUGAUGACAAUGUUAUUUAUUUAGAAUUGAGAAGUACGCCACGAGCAGAAAAUGGAAUGACAAAAAAGGAAUAUAUACUAGCUAUUUUAAGAGCUAUUGAAUCCUGUAAAAUGGAAGGACUGAUCAUAACUGUGAAGCUGUUAAUAUCUGUUAAUCGAAAACAAGGUUUCAAAGCAGCUAAAGAAAAUAUUCACUUAGCAAUAGAAAUGAGUAAAGAGUAUGAGAACAUAGUUGGCAUUGACUUGAGUGGAGAUCCAACUAAAGGAGAUGCUUUUAUUGAAUUACUCAGUCAAGCACGAAAAGCUGGCUUGAGGAUUGCUGCCCAUUGUGCUGAGGUAGCCAAUGAGGUUGAAACAAUGGACAUCCUAAAAUUUAAGCCUGAAAGGCUUGGUCAUGGUACCUGCAUACACCCAAGUACAAAUGGGACAGAAAAACUAUACCAAGCUUUAUUAGAUUCUAAGAUUCCUGUUGAAUUAUGUUUGACAUCCAAUGUUAAGUGUAAAACUGUGAUGACUUAUGACGAACACCAUUUCAAAUACUUGAAUGAUUCGAAGCAUCCCAUAUGUAUAUGUACCGACGAUAAAGGUGUUUUCGAUACCACAUUGUCAAAAGAAUUGCAAUUAGCUGCCAAGUAUUUCAACCUAAAUAACGAAGACCUUGUAACUCUGAUGAAAUCUACCGUUGAUUAUACUUUUGCUACUGAUAUUGAAAAAAAUAAUUUGUUAGAAAUAAUCAAUAGAUUCGAUACUACUCGCGGAGAAAUUACUGAAUAAAUAAUUUUCUGUGACAAUUCGUCUUCAUUACACUCCAAGCACAAUAAUGAUGGGAGAAAAUUGAAAUAAUAAAUAAAAUAAAGACAUAAAAGUAUGUUCCUUUUUAUUUAUGAUUGUGGAGCACGUUUACAUUGAUUUACAGAGAAAUAUUAAGCUUGCUAUGUUUGAGGAGAUACUACAAUACAGUUAAAUGUCAUCGGUGUUCUAUGUUUAUCAUUUUUUUCGUCGAUCGAUAUCAUUUAUAUAUAUAUACACAUUCAUCAUUACAAUAUUAUACGUUGUAAGUUUAUGGUGCAGUUGUUACUUAGUUAAAAAAUAAUAAUUAUAUAUUCAUUUAUAUAUAUUUAUAAUAUAUUCUAAGUAAUAGCCGGCUGGCACUCGCGCACAGGAUGGCUCUAACAGUUAACGAAUGCCUCACGAGCUUUUUGCCGAAUCACAAUCGAGCGUGACAGAUUAAAAAAAAAUAUAUAUAUUGCGUGUCACAGUGAGCCUUAGAGAGAAGAGAAGAAAAAAACGCUUAACAAGGAACCACCUAACGUACCUUCUUCACUUUCUCUACCUUUUUCUUUCUCUCUCGGUUUAUAAUACUUGGAUGCAAGAAUCUUUUUCAUAUAACCUAGACCUCUUUUUGCUUACUACAUUUUGCGUACUCAAGUUUCAUCCGCAAUACGGGAUAUGGUUCUUUGAAAAGAAUUUUAGUGAUCGGUAAAUUAGGUGGGCAAUGACUUUUUUAGCUGGACGAAAGAGUCUGAUGGAAAUCGGGGAUCAAAUUUUCUUCAAAUAAAUGUAAUUUUUUUUUUUCAAUGAGACCAUAAUAUAUUAAGAGUCAAACGUUUCUUUGAUUUUUCCAUCAAACCUUUUAUUUUUAAAUAAUAACUUUAUUAAAAACGUAGUUUUGAUUAGAAAGGCCUCCCGCAUUCUCGCGCGCCAACGUCGAAAAAGAAAUGCUGUGAUGGUAGCUUUUCAUCAACUAUCGCUAGUAGUCAAGUUUAGGCAAAAUGAUUUCUUAUUAUAAAUGACAUGAUAAUAUCUUUAAUAGUUAGAUCGUAGUAAGAAUUAAUUUCUAGAGUAAUAUUUGUCUUAUGUAACAGUCUUUUUUGGCUAAUCUUCGAACUAUGAACAAUAAAAAUUUGCCUUUCCCGUUUAGCUGCUCCCAUCUUUAUAGACCUGCAUCUUUCAUUUUCUUCCUGUAUACCUCGUUCUUUCUUUCUAACAAACGAAAAAAGAAAGAACCACAAAAUCGACGUUUUUUCAUCUUUGAACAUUCGCAUAUCCUGUAUUUAUCUCGCUAUACUUCUAACACCUUAACUUUUACAUGUUAAGUACCCUAACAGCUAUGACUAAAAAACGAUCGCAUGUUUGCCAUUUUGUUUUGUUGCAUUAGAUUUAAAAUUGUUUACACAUCUACGAAUAUAAUUAGGUUCUUCCUGUUUACAUUCAUCGUUCCUACAUCUGUCACAUGUAGUUCGCACAUUUGCUGUUUGCUUUUUCACUCUAAUUUUACGCACUAGUCUGCGCAAUUUUUGAGUGAUUAUAUUACGAUCAAAGUCAAAUCGUAAAUUCAAUUGCUAUAUCGCCGUGUCUAACAUAUAUUGUUAUAUCAAUUUAACAAUCUUUUUCCUAAUAAAAAACUGCUUUACGUGCAAUGAACGAGAAUUUUAAUCAGACAGUAUAGGUUUAAUGUAAGAACAGAAUAAAAGUAUGCUGAUAUCCUGCACUCUAAUAGUUUAGCGUAAAAAAUGAACAACAAUCGUUAUCUUGAAAAGUUAUUUCUUUGUGGUAUCAAAAAUAAAAAUUCCAUUAUUAAUUGGAACAAAAAUUAUUGAUUACAAUUGAUGAUGGCAUUAUUAUGUGUGUACCAAAAAUUAAAAAAAUAAUAAUUCGACUCUUUAGAGGAUUUAAAAUCAUAAUCAUUGUGUAAAAACAAUAUUAAAAAAUCAGAUAAUAAUUUGAUUGCACUGUGUCGAUAUGUUAACAAAAAA